UACCGCAUGGGUCUAACAGGAAUGAAUGGGUUAACUGUACACAUUCAGUGAACCUGACUCAAAAAAAAAAAGGUUUUGUCAGACUGUCCAUUCACCAUAUUGCACAAGGCUCAGUCAUUCAGCAGUUCACAGCCUGUCCACCUUAAAUCAAGAUCUCUCAGAUUUAAGCUGGUAUGCAAACCAUUGUACUGUUGGUGCUGUGGGUACUGGGAACAUCACUGGUGUUGCCAGACCCUGACACAGCUGGAGAGAGGGUGACUGAAGAGCCUAUCCCGUGUUCUAAGGGAUGCACCUGCCUGCACGAUGACUACAGCUUGGAGCUCAACAUGUACUGCAGUGCCCGUAACUUCACACAAGUCCCAUCUGACAUGCCAACAUCCACUCACACUCUCUGGCUGGAUGGCAACUUGUUCACCACACUCCCAGCAAUGCCUUUUAAGGAUCUUAGCAACCUGGACUUUUUGAAUCUGCAGAGUGGCAAGCUGGUGACACUUGACCCUCAAGCUUUCAAAGGACUUCGGUCGGUAGCACACAUUCACCUUGAGCGAAACUGCCUCCGUUCACUACCUGGUGCGAUCUUCCAGAAUACACCUAACCUUGCUUCGCUUAGUCUGCACAACAACCAGCUCAUUCGUAUUGAGGAAAGACUGUUUGCAGGACUCUCACACAUGUGGUUUCUCAACCUGGGGUGGAACUCAAUAGCAGUCUUACCUGAAACAGUUUUCCAUGACCUGCAAGGUCUACGAGAGCUUGUUCUUGCAGGGAACAGACUUGCUUACUUGCAACCGCAGCUUUUCCAAAAUCUUGUUGAGCUUAAAGAGUUGGAUCUAAGUGGAAAUUACCUUAAGGUCAUCAAAGCUAAUGUGUUUGUUAAACUCAUUAAACUGCAAAAGCUGUACCUGGCCCAGAAUCACAUUGUAACAGUGGUACCCAGAGCCUUUGCAGGCAUGAAGUCCAUGAGGUGGCUGGAUCUCACAAACAACAGACUGACUUCUCUGCAUGACGACACUUUCUCUGGCCUGCACAGUCUUCACGUACUGCGUCUCUCCAACAAUUCUAUCACUGGAAUUAGGCCGAGGACUUUCCGUGAUCUACAGUACUUAGAAGAACUACGACUCAGUUACAACAGGAUCCGAGCCUUGGGGGAGAGGAUCUUUGAAGGGCUUGCACAUCUGGAGGUCUUAGAGCUAGAGCACAACCAAGUGCAGGAAGCACAAGUGGGUAGUUUCACAGGCCUCUCUCACGUAGCUGUCAUCAACCUGUCUGGAAGCUGCUUCCACAGUCUGCCAGACCAAGUAUUCAAAGGUCUGUCAAAGCUUCACAGCCUUCAUCUGGACAAUGGCUGCCUAACAAGGAUCACAACUCAAGCUUUCACUGGACUCUCUGGUCUACGGAGGCUUUUCUUGCAGCACAACAACAUCUCUGUGGUGGAACGUCAAAGCUUUGUAGAUCUGGUGGGCUUACUGGCAAUGGACUUGAGUUUCAACAAGCUGGAGGUUCUCACAGCCCAUACAUUCUCUGGCCUCAAGAAUUUGGAGUACUUGCUGUUGUCCAACAACGACUGCCGGCAGUUUUUGCAGAAUGGCACAAAGCUGCUACUUCCAAGGCUGCGCUAUCUGGACCUAAGAGCUAAUGCCUUGACAAGCAUGGUCCCUGAUUUCCCAGAGAAUAUGGAAAAACUUUUGCUAUCUGGAAACCGUUGGAAAUGCGACUGCAGCACCCUCCCACUCAGGAACUACAGCUUGAGGAAUCCGUUGGUGAUACCUCGGCAAGUGGAGACCCACGCAGAGGGUGAAGAGCCUGACACAACUAUCACCAUAUACAACAACAUUACAUGCACCAGCCCACCACGUCUAGCUGGUCAGGACCUACGUGAUACUGACAAUGAAAUCUUCCACAGCUGCUAAGCAGACACGAACAGUCAUGUUCAGAGAUUUUGUUGGUACACAGCACAGAAUAAUAACUUUUCAACAAUAUGAAUUCACUCAGUUUCUGAUUUCAGGAUUGAAAUUGUACUGCUCAUGUGUAAUUCAGAUUCUUAUUUUACAUAAACAAUAUCAAUAGAUUGAGGUCAUCUGCAGCUUGAUAAAAAAUGUAAUUUGCUUCAUAUUUGAAGGUCACAAAGAAUUUUCUUCAAUGAAAAGACCAGCCAACCAGUAUUUCUUUUGCUUCAGCUCUGGAAAAUAUGAUGGAACCAAUCCAUAACAAAUGCUUUGAAAUUAUUCUGAGUAUACUGACAUUAGAAAGUAAGAUGGACUGGAUAUAAAAAAUAGAUGCAGUGAUACAUUUUGAAGUAUCUUUAAAAUUCAGUGUGAUAGCACUUUUUUUAAAAAUGGACAAGUCAGAAAAAGUUGAAAAACAAUGGCAUAGGCCUAUAAUUUCAAUGGAAACACUGUUUACUUUCUGGGGGCCCCAUAAACCUCAUCUAAAACUGCGAGCCAGAAACCAAAAUGUCAUUUUACUUAAUUUAAAGUUCAAACAACUGAGCUACAGCUUACACUUUAUUUAAUUAUUUAUAUGACUGGGCUGGAUAGUUACUGGCAAGAGAAAAAUAUACACACAGUUCAGACAUUACAUUGUCCACAAGUAUGUUGUAGAAGUGUGUAUUUGGUGUUGUAAAAUUCAUUUGUCACUUUAAAACGAUGCACUACUGGGAAAUUGCCUGAAAAGUGCAAUAAAUGUAUUAAAAAACA